UUGCGGCAAUCGAUUGCUGCAACCGUUUUGGUGUUUGCAGUGAGGACUUUCGCACGUGGCAAUUGCAGUCGGCCGUGCACAAUCAGCUGGUACAAUCCCGAGUACUCAAAAGUCAAAAUUGGGAAUUGCAACUACAAGAAACCUAUCAGAUUUUGAGGCAUCGCUUCAUAUGUCAGCUUCCACACGGUGCCAUGAGUUGCCGCCAUUUUCUAUCCCUGCUCACCAUUGCUACCUGAAGAAAGGCCAAUGCGCAAUUCUAUCGCAAAUAUGAACAGCAAUCACAUUUUGAAGUUAGUGAAUGAAAAAGUGAACACCGAAGACUUAAUAUAUGAAGUGGAGAGACAUCCUGAGAUUUGGAACAGUGCUUUGGAGGAAUACGGAAGUAAAGUCAAGCGGAAAGGCGCCUGGCAUGACAUUGUGGUGAAUUUCAUGCCAGAUUUUCAUGACAAACCACUUCAUGAGAGAAAAGAAAUAUUGUCUGUUAUCCAGAAGAAAUGGAAAGGUAUCCGCACUUGUUAUUCCAGAGAACUACUGAAGAAGAAGAAAGAGAGAAGUGGUUCAGAGACAUGUGGACGGAAGCAAUACGUAUACUUUGAAAGCUUACAUUUCCUGGGAAGUGUACCCAAGCAGACCGCAAUCACUGGGGAUGAGGGACUUGCUGCGACCGCUAGUAUGGAUAGUGAGCAUGAAGUAGUGCAAGAUAUAAGUCAGGGAUUGCAAAAGGAAGACUGGGAGGCUGAAAGACCUAGAAGUCGUUUUUUGAGGAAGAGACCUAACAUAGAGGAAGAAGGUAAACUUGUUCAGAUCCUCAAGAAAAUUCUCAAAGAAGGUGAAACAUCACCGAGUGAAAAGGACGAGGACAGAUUGUUCUUGCUCUCACUUGUUUCAGAAUUGCACAAGGUCCCUGCAGACAAAAAGCUCAAACUGAAAUCCGAUAUUAUUACAGCUAUUGCUGAAGCACAGCAGACUUAAUCAACACACACACAAACACACACACACACACACACACACACAC